AUGUCGUUCCAAGUGCCCUACGAGUCCAGUCCACCUGAGACCCCAGAGAAAGACAACUCUCGCAGCCUCUGGAGUAACUUGUCGACAACUCCUGCUGGCCCGCCGCCGUCGACUGCAGGCUCAAUCAUACCGCAUUCUACAUCAAAUAUCAAUGGUGGCUCGCGCAUCAAUUCCCUUUCCAGAAAUGACAACGCAUAUUCUACAAACCAGAACUCAUUCUCGAGAAAUGACUUCUCCAACUCCAUCUUUACCAAAUCCGGCAACAUCAAUACAAAUGACAGCAUCUUUGGCUCGUCCUUUGGAUCGACGGAUUAUGCCAUGCCCAAGAAAACCAAAGCUCCUUCUACAAAGCCCGCAGCAAACUCCAGUCUUCGUUUCGGUGUGCCGAAUGGAGGCGGGUUUGGGGAUUCGAUGGGCUUCGGACACUCUAAUGGGUUUGCCUCAUCCCAAAUGAGUGACUUCAAUGAAGAGCCGGAAGACGGGAUAGAACAGGCGGAGGAAGUUGAAGAGGAAAUGGACCUGAGCACCCAGAAUCAGACCAACACUUUCAACUUCUUAGACUCGGCUUUUGGAAACCCUUUCGCGUCCCAGCCCUCCAUGGGUGCGCAGCGCAAACCGAUCUAUUCGAAUCCAAGCGAUUCCAAGCGACCGAAGCUUGAUGAGCACUGGGCACAUCAGUCUCCCAUCCGCAAGACCAACUUGGCCCCCAAGAAGCCGUCUGCGAUGCCAUCUAUUCUUCACAACCUUGCUGCCAGAUCCCGUAUUGCCAUUGUUAAAGAGCCAAGUGAGCUAAUCAUCAAAACAGAGGAUACCCUGGGGAAACUCUCCGAUGAGUUUAAAGCCGCAGAAUUCAAACAUGUUGAUUUCGAUGCUGUAUUGGCUCAAGUAUCAAAAGAAUUGGCGGAGAAUUGGCAGGCUUGCGCCAAUGAAAGUGGGCUCGACCGGCCUUACGGUGUCCACUCUGGCAUCGGGCCCGGGGAGCAGGCUUCCAACCUCGCGAAAGCUACCUUCUUGGCUUCGCUGCUGCUGCAAAUUCACCACCCUUCCCGGGAAGCACCCUCAACUGCCAACAUCAACCCUAUGCGCACCGGGGCCGCUGGUAUGGUGAAAGCCACGAGACCCCCAGUUCCUAAGCCCCUGCCACAGGUUUUGCUUGGCUGGCUUAGGGAAAACCACACAUCACAGACCAAGGAACUCCAGGCAUUGAAAUACGUGGAACCGAACCCUAGCGCAUCCUCAAAUUUCUGGGAUAUUACCAUUGCAUCUGUGCUGCGUGGUCGCUUGACUGAUGCCGCAGAUGUUCUCCGUUUGGCGGACUUCAACUACGCCCGAUCAGCAUUGGAGGAUGGACUUUCACAACCGGGCUACCGCGGCGCACAGCUGCAAAAUAUCCAGCGUUGCGUCAACAAGGCUCUUCAAAUUCUUGAAUCAUGCCCUGGAACCCAAUCUGAAGAUUGGGAGAUCACCGGCCUUGAUUGGUCUCAGUAUAGGAAACGAGUGCUUUCGGCUGUCACUGAUCUAGAGGAAUUCGCCGAGGGACAGGAGCGCGAUGAAUCCGUUGUACCAGUUCCAGAGAAUCGCUUUCAGGCUGUUAACUUCGGAUUGUCCACUUUUAACUCAGACAAGAAGCCAAUCUCAUUCACUCAAUCGGCUCGCAUGGCAGAAAGCCGUGUUCCAUGGUCAAUUUACCAGAGCUUGAGAUCUAUCUAUCGAAUUAUUCUGGGCGACCCAUCUGCCAUCAAGGGCAAAUCUCAAGACUGGGUGGAGGCGACCAUUGCAUUGACAGUAUGGUGGGAUGGUGAGGAUGACACCGAUUCCAGUAUGAAUUUCGGCGCAACCUCAUCCAGCGACAACUUCCAGGAUUUCUUGCGCUCGCGCGGCCCAAAGAACCACAUUCGCGCUGUUGAUCGCAACAUGCGUGGCGCAUACCUCGACCGCCUCGAACUAGCCCUCGGCCAUACUACUAGUGACCCGUCCGACAACGCGGAUUUCCGACCCAAUACGCUCAGCAGCGUGGAAGUUGGACUCGCAUCUGUCUUCGAAGGCAACGUGCAGGGUGUAUUGGAGUUAAUACAGACAUGGUCACUUUGCGUGGCUGCCGCUGUCGCAGAAGUUGCCAGCCUAGGAGGUUGGUUUGAGUCCGGUAGCAGCCAAAAGACGCUGCCUGGGCUGUCUGAGAAUGAUCUUAUGGUUCUUUCGUACGGACAGGACAACAAGUCUCCGGCUCGCCAGUUGCAUAAGGACGAUAUUCUUCGCAGCUACGCAUUCGGGCUGUAUGAUCUUCCCGUCAUUGAGAACGAGCACAGCUCCCGUGAAGGAUGGGAGUUGGCUAUUGAGGUAUUGAGCCGCCUCGACGAUGCAAGCCAGAUGAAGAAGGCCGUGUCCGAGAUCGUGGACAAACUUCCUUUGGAAAGCCCUGAUCAAUUGGACAAACUAGUGGUUCUCUGCUCGGAACUUGAGCUGGAGGAACAAGGCCGUCGAGUAUCUGAGCGAUUUGGCGACAUGUUGACCUCGAAAUCCGAAAACUUUGGUCUGGCCCUCGUCUGCUAUGCUCGUGCCCAGAGCCGACGCAAGGUCAAGUCCGUUGUCGACCUUUUGAUUUCUUACAGCUUGGUUCAAUCACGCGCGUACCCUGCGACUGCCGACCUAGAUGAACAAUUGCACUCUCUGAUGAAGGAACCCAAAGCAUGCCUCUCGUCCAUUGCUCAAGUCGACGAAGAAGCUGCUCGGAUCCUUCAGUUCUAUCUCAGUGGCUACGCGACGCUGCGCCGAUUCUACGAGAUUCGCGAUGAGGAAUUCGAACUCCAAAAGGGCCAGCGACCACGCUACAAGCCCUUGGCCCGGCGACGCGCCGCUGCGCAAGCUCUUGCGGCUGUCAUUGGGAGUGCGGCGGAUAACAUUUACGGAGGUCUCUACGACCCAGAUCGUGAUUCCGCUGUGCAGGUGGAUGGACUGCUGGCUCUUCUAGGUGAAGCCUGUGUGUUUGUGAACCAACCCACCGCAGUCCUCUCCGUAUCCCAACAGUUCACCAUCCUGUCCGCAAUCGAAGAUCUGGAAACCGUCACCCCGCGUGUGUACGCACAGUGCGAGGAAUGUUUCCGCUCUACCCUACUCGAAUACCAAUCCUCCAUCCGCGGGGGAUCAGAUGGGCCCCCCUCCCCCCGCGCCCUAUUGAAGAAAUCCGUGUCCAAUUUCUCCGCCUCCAGCUUCGCCUUCAUCGGCAACGACAUGCUCGAGUCAGCGCGCACACGCUCCAGCUCAGGAUCCGGUCCUACCUCUGUAGGCAGUUCGGGCGUCCUGGUGCCCGCCCCAGGUGACAAGGUCGCCGAUCGCGGAUGGGAUUGGCGGGCCGGUCUUCCCGAGACCGCCAAGGGCGAGGACAUCCUCCAGAUGCUCCGAAUGGGAUUGGCACGCGGGUUGAGUCACGGGGCAAUGGGAUCAAUCUGA